UGUUUGUUGGUUCAAAUACGAGUCGAUCUUGGACGCGCAAUUCGGCAGGAACGAAUUACCGCGUGUUUAUACAGCGUUCUAACGAACACACAACGAGGACAAGAAUGUCGAUCAAGGAGUGGAUCGGUGAACGUUAGAUGCGAAGACAUUUUGGACGAAUCUGGACAGGCGACACUCGAGGGAAAGGCUGUGAAAUAUCCUGGCGCCAAAUCGCGAGGGGUUCGAUUUUGUCAUGACGUGUGUAUACAUGGUACAACGCGUGUACGUUGCGUACCUUUGUUAGGUCGUGAAAUGCACACGCCGCGUGUGUAUCGCAGACGAUUUUGGCUCAAUGCUCAACAAUAUAUUCACAAAGUGGCUGCUACUCAUGAAUUCGUCUCCGACCGACCAAUUGGACGACUCGCGAUCUAUAGUAAAUAUCCGGCUACUAUUAUUAAGUUUGUCCUUAACGAUCGUUACGGGUAUCGUCUCGCUACCAUUAGCUGUCGUCGUACGAAUGGCACCGGACCCGUUUACGGAGUCCGCGAACCUAUCAGUUAGUGAUCUUGUGUCCGUGUGUUUACGUCAUUCCUUUUAAGUGGCUCCAGGAUCGGAAGUCUCUCGGGAUUAUAUAGCUUUUUCGACGACAUCCUGGGGGAAUCGUGUCGUAACGAUCCUGUGUAGGUAAGCUCCCGAUAACGUGUACGAAUCGUGUCACGAUAUAUUAGAAGUAAAACGCUGAACACGAUAACAUCGAUUCGUGAUCGAAUAUCGAGUUUUAUCGUGACCAUCACGAUUAGUAAUUGAAAUAUUAUAUGUCUUCGAUUAUCUGACAAUCACAUUGAGAAGGUUAUAUUUUUAGAGCCGUUUGGCAAGAUACGCAUAGGUGCAUCUUCGCGUUUCUAACCGAUCUUCCGGAUGAAUCAUUUCGAUAUACCUGCGUUUCGGAAAAUCGUGUGGUAUUACACGGAACAACACUUUCUUGAAUGAUGCUAAUAAGAACGCUUUGGGCACCACUGCCAAAAUGUGCUAGGCCAAAUCAUAAUUCUUGCAAUUAUUCAAUUGAUGACCUUUUGAAAAGUUCAAAGAGGAAUAAAAUUAAUAUUGGUUUGAAACGCGAAGUCUGAAUCAAGCUAAAUAAUACAUGUAAAGUUAUCGUGAUGGGAUUCCUUGAAUUGAUAAAUGUUUAUCAUUCCCAGGAGAUCAAAAUUCGUUCAGGUUGUUGUUCAUAGUUACGAGACCUGUAUCAAUAAAUAAUUUAGUACCGUCCAACAGGUACACUUAGCCAGCGUUCGCGCUCAUUACCGCGUCAUUGUUUUACUCGCAUAACGCAUUAUACAUACGUGAUUAACUUAUAUGUAUAUCAUAUAAUUUGUCAUAUCGAACGCCAACGCCCAGCUAGAUAAGGGAUCGAUCUACCUAUACGAAUUUAAGAGUGGAGCGUUUUAAGAUAAUUAGUUUCGAACAUUAUUUGCUUGCGUUACCAAAUGUGGUAAUCUUGUAACGCCCGAAUAUAUUGAUACAGACAGAUGGGCGAUCUUUUGCAAUAGCAUUAUCGGGAAAUAUCGAAGGAAUAAUUUAUAUUUUUACGGAUGAUUUCAAGUUGAAUUUCAAUUGAAAAAGUAUUGAAUGUGCUGGAAACUUAAAGUUUGUUAUGCAACUUCAUUGAUGGCAAUAUAGUAAGAGAUGUACUGAAUGAUUAAGGAAACUUUAAGCAAUUUAAUAUAUUGCCAAUUUCAAAAGUUUACUGUCUUUAUAUCGCAAGCGGCUAUAUAACAAGAGUGUAUUGAAUAAUUUCAAAAUUAAGAAACUUUGAUCAAUCUGAUAUAUUGCCAAAUCCAUGAAGUUUACUGUCUCUAUAAUCUUAUUGAUGGCAAUAUAACAAGAGUCUACUUUAUGAUUUCAUAAUUAAUAAAACUUAUUAG